CACCGCUGAGCGUCACAAAGCCACGAGCCCGCAAACAGCGCGCAGACCUCUGCGUCCUGGUGCUGGAUCGCGCGUCCCAGCUCCUCCACCACCACCCGCCACCAUGUCCAGCGAGGAGCUGGCCCGCAAGCUGCAGCGCCGGUUGAGACUAGAGGCGUUGGCAGAGACCGACCAGGGCGCCCGCCAGCCUGCACCCUGCGCUGCCACAGCGGGGGACCGGGAGCCCGAACUGCCUGCCCGGGAGCCCGCUGCCAGCGCGGAUUCCGAGCUGAGCGCUCAAUUGAGCCGCAGACUGGACAUCCACCAGGGCGCAGCGCGGUCCCGCCGCAGCAAGGUCUUCAACCCCUACACCGAGUUCCCGGAGUUCAGCCGCCGUCUCCUAAAGGAUCUGGAGAGCAUGUUCAAAAUGUAUGAUGCUGGAAGGGAUGGCUUUAUUGACCUGAUGGAGCUGAAGCUCAUGAUGGAGAAACUGGGAGCCCCUCAGACACACCUGGGCCUGAAGAGUAUGAUCAAAGAAGUGGAUGAAGACUUCGAUGGCAAACUCAGCUUCCGGGAGUUCCUGCUCAUUUUUCACAAGGCCGCUGCAGGUGAACUGCAGGAGGACAGUGGGCUGUUAGCAUUGGCCAAGCUUUCUGAGAUCGAUGUUUCCCUGGAGGGCGUCAAAGGUGCCAAGAACUUCUUCGAAGCCAAGGCCCAGGCCUUGUCGUGCUCCAGUAAAUUUGAAGCUGAGUUAAAAGCUGAGCAAGAUGAGCGGAAACGUCAGGAGGAGGCCAGGAGACUCCGCCAGGCAGCCUUCCGGGAGCUGAAGGCUGCUUUCAGCGCAUGAGCACAGCUGUGCCUUACUGACACCCAGGAGGAGAUGACCACAACUUUCACAUUUUUACCCCUGCUGCCCUCUGCCUGAACGACCUCCCCCUCUACGCCCCAGGCCUGUUUCUUAGUGCCUCUGGAUAACUGGAGACUGCUUCCAUCUUUCCCAGGGUCCCGCCUCCUCCAAAAGGCUUGCCAGCUGACCUCUCCUGCCUGCACUC